AUGAGGGUGCACCCUUCCCUUGAGAACAUAUGCCCAAGGAAUCCUUUUAGAAAUUCUUCUGAUGGCAAGGAUGCAAGUAAGACUGGUGUCUACAAGAUGAUAACUUCUAGAGUGAAGGGAAUAUCAUGGUCCUGGGAGAGCCAACAAGUCCUGCAGGUUGCGGGUGGCAAUGAAGUCUCUAGAUCCCUGUCCUAUUCUACAAACAGUGAUGGAACAAGCAGCAUAGGCAGUAGAAGCACAAGCAGUAGUAGAAGCAGUCCACGUCGCAAAUUUUAUAUGGAAACAGAUUAUUUGAAUUAUGAUAUCUCGUUGAACAAUUUGACAUUCGGUGAACAGAUUGGGCGAGGUUCAUGUGCAACUGUGUACCAUGGUCUUUGGUGCGGCACGGAUGUUGCAAUCAAAGUAUUUUUGAACUUUGAUUACUCAGAAGACUUGCUAAUGCAACAUUCCUUCAGACAAGAGGUAUUACUGAUGAAGAGGCUGAGGCAUCCAAACGUGGUACUCUUUAUGGGGGCGGUAACUUCACCUCCACAUCUGUGUAUUGUCACUGAGUUCCUUCCACGUGGGAGUUUGUUUCAAUUACUUCGACGUCACAGUACUGCUACUACAUUAAAUUGGAGACGGCGUAUUCUCAUGGCUUUGGACAUUGCACGAGGAAUGAAUUACCUUCAUCAUCACAACCCACCAAUCAUUCACCGUGAUUUGAAGUCAUCAAAUCUUUUGGUUGAUAAGAACUGGAGUGUGAAGGUUGGUGAUUUUGGUCUCUCACGGCUGAAACAUGCAACAUUCCUAACAACAAGCACUGGAAAUGGAACGCUACAGUGGAUGGCUCCAGAGGUUAUCCGUAAUGAGCCAGCAGAUGAGAAGUCGGAUGUAUAUAGUUUUGGAGUUGUUCUAUGGGAGCUUGCCGCACUAAAAAUCCCUUGGAAUGAUCUGAACCCAAUGCAGGUUAUCGCCGCUGUAGGAUUCAUGAACCAACGAAAUGAGAUACCAAAAGAUACUGACCCACACUGGGCAUCUCUAAUCGAGAGUUGCUGGCACAGUGACCCAAAAUGCCGCCCAACAUUCGAGGAAGUGCUUGAAAAGUUGAAAGCUAUGCUGAGACAUAAUUUUGUUUAA